AUGGCGACAGAGACUACCCCUAAGACCAUCAAGCGGUUAAUCGCUUGCUGCGAUGGCACCUGGAUGGAUAGUGACAAUGGCUACGAAGAAGCCGGCUUGCUAAGAAAAGAGGGUUCUCUUCAGAUACCUUCCAACGUUACUCGAAUAUCCCGUUGCUUUGAGAAGAGGUGCAGCGAUGGCAAGCUUCAAGUUGUCAACUAUGAGUCAGGUGUUGGUACAGGUAGCAACGUACUCGAUAGUAUUACUGGCGGUGCUUUUGGUAUGGGACUCGCAGAGCGUAUGCGGGAAACAUAUUCGUUUCUAUGUUCCAACUAUAUGGAUGGCGAUGAGAUAAUACUCGUUGGUUUCUCCCGAGGUGCUUUCACAGUCCGGUCUGUGGCAGGCAUGAUUGGCAAUUUAGGCCUACUCACACGGGAGGGCGUUGAGUUCUUCUACCCUAUCUUCAAAGAUAUGCAGCAUUGGAUGGACUAUGAUUAUGAAGAUCCAUUCCCUAACAUUCCAUUCCCUGAUAAACCAAAAGGAGAGGACGCUGCGGACAUUUACAGGGCUCGCUUGGAACAACUCGGCUACACUCGUGUGAGGCGGAGUGAAGGACAAGGUGACAUCAUCACUAUCAAAGCAGUGGGUGUCUGGGAUACCUGGCAUGACACAAAUCUGUCAGAUAGAAUUGAACAUGCGUUCCAGGCCCUCGCCCUAGAUGAAACAAGACCCCCCUUCACACCAGCGGUCUGGGAGAGGCUCCCGGAGAACAAAUACACAACGGAUCUCAGGCAGGUAUGGUUUCCUGGGAAUCAUGGUAACUGUGGUGGCGGAUGGGAAGACCAGGGCAUGUCAAACAUCACACUUGCAUGGAUGAUGGACCAACUGGCCUCAAUUGGGGUUGAGUUCGACCUCCCUGCACUAGAACGAUGCUUCUUCCAGAACUUCAAGUUCUACCACAAAACCCCCUCAAAACUCAGUAUAAAGUCGAGGAAGAGGAGAGAGAAGACGAAGAAACGCCAGUGGGCGAUCAACCCAAUCUACGAGAACAACCGCCCCUUUAGACCUUGGGGCCUUGGGACAAUAAGUAAAGCUCCAGGUCUCCUCUACAAACUCUCUGGCCAAACAGUUCGUACACCAGGUCUGUAUAGGCCAACUGACCGCCAAUCGAAAUGCGAUAAGUCAAGAUACCUUCUUGAUACAAACGAGCGAAUACACAGCUCCGUACGAAUCAGGCUUGUCUGCAAAGGCCUCGGCUUGAAUGAUGACCACGUCUGGGACUGCCCAGCUUUGCUCAGUAACUGGAAACUCAAACGAACGCGGGAGAAAUAUACCGAUCCAGUUCCAUUCCAGCCUGAUUGGUGCCCGAACGGUGGAAAAGAUCAUAUGGGCCAUCCUAACGAUUGGUCGAAGGGACGAUGGGUUUGGGAAUACGUUGGCAAUGAGAAUGAUGGCCCCAAAGAGGCAAGACAACGGAUAAUGGUUGAAGAGCCUUUAGGACCCUAUGAGCGAUACUUACUCAGCUUGUCAGCAGGAUCACCGAAUGUGUAUCAUUUUGCGGACACGGUAAAUAGUUGA